UGUAAAGUAGUAAAUGAGGGUACAAUAUAACAAUAUAUAUGUUAAAUAGCUGCUGCAGUCGCUAUGAGGUUUAGACAACGAAAAGUUUUUAAUGUCCUUUUGGGAAUGUUGACGUUGACGUCACCAGCCUCGUGUUCUGCUGUCUGUCAACCAAUGCAUGAAUGAAACUGACUGGAACAGGACAGGAUGUUGCAUUAUUGGUUAUAGAUAAUGUUAUCCUUUAAGAGUUUUCGUGGAUGCAUGUACAUGGAGAGACUCUUUCUGAGAAUGUCAUCAACCGUAUGAGGGAACCUGAAGCUCCACCUAAACACCAACAUGCUCCCUCUCCACCACCUUCCAUGACACCCACCCUUACUCCUUCUCCUCUCCUGCGGCCACUGUCUCCCCUCUUUGACCAUAUCACCACCUUGCCUCCUCCCCCUGCUCUUGUAGAACCAGUUACACCUCCUCCAGCUCCAUCAUCUGCCACAGAGAUUGUGGCUCCAACUCCACCACCUCCUCCUCCUCCUCAACCUCCUACAGAACAGGUAGCAGCACCCACCAUCAUUGACAUGGUGCUCCCAACCUCAGCUGCUGCUGCUCCUGCUGUUGAACCAGUAAUUUUGCCUCCUGCUACUCCCAUUGCUCCCUUGAAUCUUGCUCCCUGCCAUGCACCAGCUGUGGAGGAAGAAAUCACUCCGCUUGCUCUUCCUUCCCUUGCAAUCGAACCUUCUCCUCUUCCUAUAAAUCAAUCUGAUGCUUUCUUACCUCCAGUAAUUGAACCCAUUGCUCCUCCAUGUGUGUUUGAACCCAUUGUUCUUUCAUCUGUAGCUGAACCCAUACCACCUCCUCUUUCUGUCAAGAUGGAGCCAACCAUUGCUCCCUCUCUUCCCAAAUUGGAAUCCCUCUCUUCCCCUCCUGUCACUAUCCUGCCACCAGCCCUGCAUCCUCCAGGGGACACUUUGUCCCCGCAGCCUGCUGAGCCAUUUACUGCCCCUCCCCUGCCUGAGUAUAAUGCUCCUUGUGAACCAGUUGCACCUCCUCCUCAGCCCCCAGUGGAGCCAGUAUCUCUUGCCCCUGUCCCUGAGCCAAUGGUAGUACCUGAGUUAAUUUCGGUCCCACCUCCACCUCCUGCUGCACCACCCGUUGAUGAAGAGGCCCUGAGGAAGACUAUCACUGACGAGCUGUAUAAAGGCAUGGAGCAGGAUAGGGCCAAGGCAGAGCAAGAGCUGCAAGCCUGGGUUGAGUCGGAGAAGACCCGGGCAGCAGCCCAGGCUCAGGAUGCUGCCCAGUCCCAGGUAAAGGAUGAAGUGUCCAGGAUCCUGUCUGUGGAGCGGGCCGUGGCCCAGGAGAGCAUCCAGCAGGCUGUAAUAAGAGAGAGGAUCGCCACUGAGGACGAGAGGCUCCGCGCUCAACUCUUUGAGAUUGGACGGAAGGCGAAGCAGCUGGGGGCCAGAGAAGCAGACUUAAAGAAGCAGGAUGCUUUCUACAGAGAGCAGGUGGCCCGGCUGGAGGAAAGGAGUGCUCAGUUCUACAAGGUCACCACAGAGAACUACCAUAACGCUGCCGACCAAGUGAAUACCAAGUUCAAGCGGUAUGAGACGUAUCCUGUCUGUGCAGACCUGCAGGGCCAGAUCCUCGCAUGCUACAAGGAGAACGUUGGAAAAACCCUUAACUGCUCCAACAUCGCAGCGCUUUACCUACAGUGUGUCAACAACUCCAAACAGAAUGUGCACGCACCCUCAUGGACAGAUGAUAUAACAAGUUAAGAACUGGGGGUUAAGGAAGAGAGAGAGAGAGAGAAAUAAAGCAAUGAAGAGUUUAUUGUGUGGGAAUAUAGAUUAUCGACCGACCGACCGACCAAACCGGAGUAGAGGAAGAGUCAGCCACAAGACACACACCCUCAAAACCCCGUGGAGAACCGAACCGGAGCAGAGGCUCUGAACACAGCACCAUGAUAGAGAAAUAGACACGUUUCCCCCUCUCCUUCUCUUACUGUUAGUCUAUCUCUCCUUUCAGUUCAGUAUGUAAGGAUGCAGUGUCUGCCAUCUUGAAGGAAACAGCAGGGACUGAGCUCGGCCCGCUGAAAGGACAGUAAAUAUGAACCGGAACAAUCACAAGAGAGCAAGCCACUUUCUGUCACAAACCACUUGGAGCCAUUAACCUCUCACUUCAACACCGUUAGGAAAUUUAAAGUCUAUUUUAACUUACACAAGUCAGCCCUAUUUUGUUGUCCAUAACUCAUUGUUUUCCUUCCCCUAAUGCACCUCCCUGUACACAUAUGCACAUGUACGCAUCUGUUUCUCCUUUGUGUUACCUUAAUAAUGUAACAAUCUGCGUGUUGAGCAUUCAUCCAGACCAACGCUUGUGACGAUGUGUGAUCAGAGGAAAUAAAAAGACGAAACGAUGCAGGAA